CUGCAGCUUCUUUUGCACCUUGGAGAAUAAUCCUAGAAAGUUCACAAAAUGUGUGAUGCUUUUGUAGGUACCUGGAAACUUGUCUCCAGUGAAAACUUUGAUGAUUACAUGAAAGAAGUGGGAGUGGGCUUUGCCACCAGAAAAAUGGCUAACAUGGCCAAACCCAACAUGAUCAUCAGUGUGAAUACGGAUGUGAUCACCAUACGAUCAGAAAGUACCUUUAAAAAUACUGAGAUUUCCUUCGAGCUGGGCCAGGAAUUUGAUGAAGUCACCGCAGAUGACAGGAAAGUCAAGAGCACCAUAACUUUAGAAGGGGGUGUCCUGGUACAGGUGCAGAAGUGGGAUGGAAAAUCAACCACCAUAAAGAGAAAACGAGAGGGCGAUAAACUGGUGGUGGAAUGUAUCAUGAACGAUGUCAUUUCCACCAGAGUAUAUGAGAGAGCAUAAGCCAAGGGAUCCUGACCUGAACUGAAGUUUGCAUCAAACUCUACAACCUUCUUUUGGAUGUAUUGUUCAAAAAGAUGUUCUUUUCCACUUAUUAGCAAGCAACUCAUUCCCCGCCACCCCCACCCCAAGGUGAUUUUAUUCAAUAAGGCUGUGCUGGUUAAAUAAAACUUUUAGAUUUAGAA